CGAUGGAAGUCGAGGUGAAGCACGACCACAGUCCAGGCGCGGGCAAGGCCAGCCGCAAGAAGCGACCUACGAGAAAGACCGGCCGCAAGUCCAUCGCAGCAGCUACGGAGGAACACCGGGACGAGGCGACUCCGCCACGCAGAGACCAGACGCCGGACUCGCAGAGCAGCAGGGGCAAGCAGCCUGGCGACAGCGUAGCUCCACUGCAGCCACCACGCAACAAGGCAGCCUCGCUGAUGCAGCAACACCGGUCCGUGUGGCGGAACGAGUUCCAGAAGCUGCACGAUGCCGAGGAGAGGCUCAAAAACGACAUCGUCGACAAGCUCAGGUACAUAUCUUCGACGGGCAUCUCUAGUGAUGAUGAGGCGGGCCAGUGCCUUGAGGACUGGAUUGAUUAUGAACUGGGACGCACCAAGUUCCAGGACAGCAUGGCGGCACUGAGCGUGGUGUCCGUUCACGCACGGCAGGUGGCCGUUUCGCCCACCACCAGGCGUAUCCUGGCCUGCCGGCUCGGCUUCAUGGACGACCAGGAAGGCGAGGAAGAGGACGGCGGCGCGCAGCCCUCGACGAACAGCGAGGCCCAGAUGGUGGCCGACCUGCGGGAAGCCCAGCGGGAGACGCGACAGCUCACCGCCACGCUGCAGCAGCAGUUCAGGGAGGCCGACGAGGAGGUGGCUCGGGCGUUCGAGUCGUCGCCCCUCAGCAACGCAAGGUUCACUUUCUCACGCAACGUGGAGGAAGACUUUCAAGCAUCCUGGAACGGAGACGAGCGGAUGCGUCGCCCUCUGCUGGCCGAACUGAAGCAGAUCGACCACAAGUUCGAGUCCAAGAUCAAGGACAUCGACAAGGCGCACAAACUGGAAGAGGAGCCGGCCGACUGGACCGCAGACGACUAUGCGGUUGUGAACCACGUGCUAGAGCAAUACCCGAGCAACCUGGGCAACCGGAGGGCGCUUAUCAUGGACUGGCUACGCCGACACUUCAAAAAGCGCUCCAUCCUGGACAUCUCAACUUACAUGACGUGGUGCCAAAACCAGCGCUACCACCGGGACAAGGUGCAGUCGUGCCUGCAGGAGUGGGAGCGCGCACGCGUUCAGUGGCUUGCCAAGGCAAAGCAGACGACGACCACGCGGAACGGCCUUGGCGCGGGGGCUGCGUCUAGUGGCCCACCACAACGACGAAGGACCAUGCAUCACGUUGCCCUGCCGCCUGCCCCUUCGUUACAAAAGAAGCCGAACCGUCUUCCGCCGAUUGAUCCGGAGCUCAAGGAGCAGAGGGCGCCACGCCCGAGGGCGCGUGUUCGCAUCGCGCCAACUCCCACCACUAUCUCGUCUUCCUCUGCGCCGCCUCUCAGCGCCGUGGCCGGUCUCAACAGUGGCACGGCUGCAGCUGCGGCUAAGUCGAAGGCCGACCGGCUUCGACAGGCCGAAAGACAAGCCCUGGAGGAGCAGAACCGCGAGUGGCGCCUGCGCUCGCUGUCCACGGUGCGAGAGAUAGAGGUUCUGCGCAUGCGCCGCAAGCAGUCUAUCGCCGUGGCAGGUGUGGACGACGAGCCCGAAGCUCAGGAAUUGGCCAAGGUUCAGCGAAAGCUCAACCUGGAAAGGGUGAAGUUUCGUCAGGAACUGGCCAUGAAGAAACAACGUGACCGUUUGCGAGCCGAGCAGAAGAAGCAGGAACAGGCGAGGCUAGAAAAACUCCAACUACAGAUGAGGGCGAGGUCAGAGCGCAGCCUCAUACUUAAGGAGCUGAACUCGGUUCGGCAUGAGUUGACCGUAGACACGCUGCCACCUCGGUCCAGAUAUACAUUACCUCCUGCGAACUCUGACAGUGCGUACGCAGAGAUCAGAUGA